UGAUUGAUUGGUCGAUUUGUUUAUUAAACUUAUUUGUUUGACUGACAGUGUUGAUGACUGUUAGUUGAUUGUAAUCAUUAUUAUUGAAGUGAGGAUGGUAGUACUUUCUAGAUCCUGUUUAUUUUUUGUAAAAAUUUCAAUACAGAAAAUGAUAAAAUAUUUUCGUAUUAGAUAUUAUUAUUAACUAAAGAUUUGUAUUGAUUUACAUAAAAUUGAUGGAAUUUGGUUAACAGUGGAAUUAAGACGCGCGUUUCCUCCUAUUUAAGAUAAGUUAGUAGCUAUCAGGACCCAGUAGGUGAGUGGAUAACGUGUUAGCGUCUGAAGCACAAGAUUCUGAGUAUAAAUCCUGGGGUGAAGAUCAACUCUGGAAUGCAGGUACAUCCGGCCAAAGAUGAGUCAUAAAUAGAACGUUAUGCGCGUCUUGGACAUCACUACUAGCCACAUUCCAUAUAUUCUAUGUGAAUUUGCCUUAAUCACUGGUUACGAUAACGAUGUAAAACUCGAACUACAAAGCCUCCACCUACCUACGGAGACACACAUGGGGAGAAUGAACAACGAUUGGAUAGAACUGGAAAGGAAGGCUCAAGAGAGAGUGGGUUGGAGAAUGCUGGUCGGUGGCCUAUGCUCCAUUAGAAGUAAUAGGCGUAAGUAAGUAAAAGAUUCUAUUGAUCUGUUUACACUUCGACGUCAUGCUGUAAAAAUUAUUAGUAAACUAGGUGUACGAAAAAUUCCCGGUGGUUGGAGUCAAGCAUUACAUGAAGCUAGUUUAAUGCGAAGAUUAUCUGCUUGUCGACAUGUGGUUUCAUUAGUUGUUGUAUUACGACUAGAAAAUCCAGAUAGAUUAUGUUUAGUUAUGGAGCAUUGUCUUGGAUCAGUACAUGAUUUACAAGCUUCCGGUGUACCAUCUCAUACAGCUUUAAGUUCAGAAAAUGAAUUUGAAUUAGAUGAAUUCAAUGCUAAAUCAUCCUCUCCACGAUUAUCAUAUUUUAAACAUCAACAUGGACAAUCAUCAGAUGUUGUAUUAAAUGAAAACAUUUCAAAAGAUAAAAGAAAAAAUGUUGAUUCUUCUGAAAAGUUGAAUAAAUCUCGUCGAUUUCAUCCUAGAUUAUCAAUGGGAUCUACGCAGAUCAAUCAAGAAACAGAUACAAAAUUUAAUAAAUCAAAAAGUCGUAAAACAUCAUCCAUAGAACAACCAACAAGAAAACGUACAUCCUCUCAACAACAACAACAAUUUCGUCGACUUCCUGAAGCACAAGCGCAUGCCUACUUUUUACAGUUAAUAGACGGUUUACAUUUUCUUCAUCGUAACGGUGUUAUACAUCGCGAUAUUAAACCAGCUAAUUUAUUAUUAACACCUGCACCAGGCUGUGGUUUAAGUGGUUUUGGCAGUCCAAAUGGUACCAUGGAUUUACCAGAUCAUAAUUGGUUAUGCAGUACGGGUAGUCAAUCAGCGUUUUGUCAACGUUCAUUGGCUAAUUUAUUGGCAUUAUCACGUGGUUGGUUGGUGAAGUUAACUGAUUUCGGCGUAUCGGCAUCAAUUUCAGCAUUUAGUACAAAUGAUAUGGUUAGUGGUGGUCAAACUACACCAGCUGUACAACCUCCAGAAGUAGCCAAAGGUGUACAAUCAAUAUUUGAUGGUACUAAGUUAGAUGUAUACAGUGCUGGUGUAACACUUUAUUUCAUGCUUACUGGUCAUGUACCAUUUUCAUGUCAAAAUGUACUACAAAUAUUUGAAGCAAUUGUUAAAGGAGAUUAUACAAUACCAGGAUAUGUAUCAACCAAUGCAUCAGAUUUGAUUCGGAAAAUGAUGCAGAAAGAUCCUAAAAAACGUUUAACUUUAUUGCAAAUUCGUCAACAAACUUGGUAUAUACAAGAUCCACCAACACCAAUGUCUGUGGAAAAAAUUAAAAUGAAAUUACGCAAUGAAUUAUCACAUAAUCAACAAUUGUCAAAUAAUGAAUCGCCAACACAUACAUUAAUUCAUUAUCAUAAACGACAACAUCAACAACAACGUGGUAUAAUCUGUUGGCUUGAUCCAUUAAUUUAUCUACGUCGAUGUCAUUCUGAAUAUCCUCUACCACAUAUUGAUGAUACUGGAGCUAGAAUAUUUGAUAUAGAUGAAAUUUUCAAUAAUUCACCAAAUCAAACAUUUACUAGUAGUAAUGAUAAUGAUAUACAAACAUCUUUAUCAAAUAUGAUUAUCAGUGAUAAGGAUGAACACUUUUUUAAUAAUCAUGAUGGUAUUGGACCGAUCUCAGUGAUUGAUCGUUUAAAGGUAUUUCAUGAUUUGGAUGACUAUGAAGAGUAUAGUAGACCAGAAGAUAUGUCUAGUUUUUACUAUUCACCUGAAGCAUGUUUACAAUAUUCCAAUGUUGAAAAACAGCUGGCCAACUUAGAUCAACAACAAUUAAGUACUCAUCAAUCUAAAGGAGAAAAAUCUUUAAAAAGUAAUAUGACACCACAACCAUAUUGGUGUCUAGAUCUUGGUGUUCCAGUGUAUGAAGCUAUACAACCUAUCAAUAAUAUGAAUGAUGUAUUGGAACCUCCAGCUUCUCCAGCGGAUUUACCAAUUUCUAUUCCUACUACUUACAGACUAUCUAAAUUUGCAAUAAAUCCCAAUGUAACAAAUCGAACUGGUAGUCUACCAGGUCCUAUAGCAUUCAUUCCAUCCGAUUUAAAUAUACCUCGACAAAUGCAGAACAGUGUCAAUAUAAAUAAUGAUAAUAAUCAUAAUAAUAACAAUAGUAAUGAUACAUUAAAUCAAAAAACUUGGCAUUAUGGUUUACGACCUAUUAAUAGUAUACCAAAAGAUUUUCUUAAUUUCACUUGUUCAAAACAACAACAACAACAAUCACAUCAAAAAUCUACCAAUAUCAUUGCUAUUGAUCCUGAUCAAUUAUCUAAUCAUUUGAAUAUAGAUUUUGAUCAAACUCAUAUAAAUUCAACAUUGAAUAGACAAGAACAACAAUUUAUGAAAAGAGAUUAUCAUUCAACUAAUACUAAUCAUUUGAAUAGAUUCAAUCAAUGGUUUUUCAAUCCAUUCAAUUCAUUUCGUAAUCGAAUAAAAAGUAUACGAUUUAAAAAAGAUGCUUCAAAUAAUUGUCAAACUACUAAUACUACUUAUACUACUACUACUACUAAUAAUAAUAAUAAUAGUUAUUCACCAGUUGUUUCAAUGACCAAUUCUACUUCUUCAUCUUCUAAUACUAUUUAUUAUAGAAAUGUGAAUAGUGCUACAGAAUUAACUUCAACUAUUGAAAUCACAUCAUCAUCAUUACCUAAAAUUCAAAUAGAUGAUAUUUCUAUUCAAUCUACUGGAACUUUACCAAGAACACGUAAUCGAUUAAAACCUUGUUCACGUAUAUUUUCACGAAAGAAAGUUACAGGAAGAAAAUAAUAAUUAUUAUUAUUAUUCCCGUUGACAUUGUUGUUGUUAUCAUCGUCUGUCUAUGUAUGCAUUCAUGCAUGGAAUGUAUGUAUGUAUUUUUUUUUUACAUGUAUAUCAAUUUCUUCAUAUACAGAGUUGGGUAGAAGCGAUACAAGAUCUCGUUUUUCACACAUACACACACACACACAGUAUAUAUAUCCUAUUUGUUAUUAGUGUUGUUGAUGUCGUCGGUUUAUCGAUUUCCUGUUCACAUAAGUUUUCUUUGAUUCUUCUCCCCUAUCGCCAAUACCAAUCAUGAUGAUGAUGACUUGAUUACACGUUUUUUUUAUUUUAUAGUACAUAUAGCAACUCUAUUUAUUUGAUCAUUUUUUUGUAAAAUCUAUUUUGUACAAUUUAUUCACCAACUGGCUCUCUAUUAUUCUGUUUUAUUAUACGGAAUAAAAAAAGAUGACAAUGUUUAAUGUCCCAAUAGCUAGCUUUAUGUCUGUUUGUUUGGUGAGUUUUUUUAUUCACUGCGUUUGCUCACUAUUGUGUCCAAUAAUUUUUGUGUGCUAGAGGUUGUCUCUCUUUAUCACCAUCUCGUUUAUUUCAUUUUCAUGCUCUUCUUCAUUGUAUUCCUCUUUUCCUCACUCACUCACUCUCUCUCUCUCUCUUAGGUUCUUUUUGCAAAAUUUCAGUUACCGUUGUCGGUAUAGAAUUAUGUUUCUGUUUUUCCCCUUUACAUCUUCACACAAAACUUGUCUCAUUUGUAAAUAGUAUGUAAAUUUUAAUUGCACACACACACACACACACAUAAAGAUGAUAGUCGUGUAUUUAUGCCGAGCAUUUUUUUCUCAAAUCAAAACUUCUCAAAUUAUCUCUAAUGCUUUUACAAUUUCUCUCGAUUUCUGCUUCCGUUUUAUCCUUAAUCAUCAAUUGUCUUAUAGAACUGAAAACAUAAGUUUCUCGGCUUAGUUUAAUUCCUUUUCUCAGUUCAGCAUGCAACUUUGUUAGCAAUUACGAUCAUUAUUCUUUCGUAAUGUUCCAUAGUGUGUGUGUAUGUGUGUGUGUUUACACGCGUAACUUUAUGGUCAUGUGUAUACCCUGCACACCUAGAUUGUUCCUGUGUUUGCACACAAAUAAACUCACAUUCACACGCACAUCACGUAUCCAAAAUGCCUAUAUGUAUUUUUUUUAAUUGUUUAAUGUCUUGUGUUACUUACGAGUAGUAUGAUUUGAGUGAAAACAAUUCCUGAGUACUUUGUUUUCAGUUUGAAAAUUCAUGCUUAUAUGAGUAAUGCAUUACUAGGCUUAUUAUAUAUAUAUAUAUAGUCAGUGUAAUUGCAACAUUCUUCUGCAAUUAUUCGUUUUUUGCGUUGUUAAGUUUUUAAACUUGGCGAUUGAAUGGUAUAUCAUUCUGAACAACACCAUCAAACGCCUAGUUGAUAUGGAAAUGAGUUGUUUAGUUAUUCCACAUACAUUAACGUAAUUUCUCCUAAUCACAUUCUUUAUAAGUGGUUGUGCUUUUAGGUACCGCUAUCCUCAUUUUUCCGUGUAUUCCUAUUGAUUAUCGUGUUCAGCUGACCUCUAACCAUGUGACUGAUUGCCCUCUUUCGUCAAAGUUGUUAAAAUGAAUCGGUCUACCUAUUCAUUACCGAUAAAUGAGAAUCCUACGCUUUUACAAAUUCCUUAGCAUUUUCAACGUUCUCUCG